AUGGUAUUUAACUUUAUGCAUUCAAUGUUAUAUCUUUACAAUAUUAAUAUAUUUCAUCAGCAACUAGAAACGAUGGGGUACUCAUGGCCUCUUAUCGUGACAACUUUAACUAUUGUCCUGACUAUUUCACACACAACAUCAGAAUCACUCGAUGAAAAAUUUCUUAGUUGUCUUUCUCACUAUUCAAAAAAUUUAAACAUUCCAGUAUUUAAAGCCAUUGGCACUCCACACAACACCUCAUUCUUAUCCAUCUUGAAUGCGCGCGUACAGAAUAACAGAUUCAAAACAGCAACAACACCGAAACCUCUAGCCAUUAUAACUGCCCUGCAGGAAAAUCAUGUCCAGGCAACGAUUGCAUGUGCCAAGUCUAACAACAUUCAAAUUAGGAUCCGAAGUGGUGGCCAUGACUAUGAAGGCCUUUCAUAUGUAUCUGAUGUAACGUUUGUUAUCCUUGACAUGUUUCAUUUCAAUGCAGUUGAUGUGAACAUAGAAGACGGGACAACAUGGGUUCAAGCUGGUGCAACACUUGGCAAACUUUACUAUAACAUUGCAAAGAAAAGCAGGGUCCAUGCUUUCCCAGCUGGGGUAUGCGCUACUGUGGGUGUUGGUGGUCACUUUUCGGGUGGUGGGUAUGGAAAUUUGAUGAGAAAAUAUGGUCUUUCUGUGGAUAAUAUCAUUGAUGCAAAACAUGUUAAUGUCAAUGGUAAAAUUCUUGACAGAAAGUCUAUGGGAGAAGAUCUAUUUUGGGCUAUUAGAGGAGGUGGUAGGGCCAGUUUUGGGGUCAUUCUGUCAUGGAAGAUCAAAUUGGUUCCCGUGACUUCAGAAGUGAUCGUUUUCAAUGUGACAAGGACUUUAGAAGAAGGUGCAACAGAUGUUGUCUACAAAUGGCAACAAGUUGCAACAAAAUUUCCUAAAGAUCUUUUCAUAAGGGCUACGCAUGAAGUGGUGGAUGGAAAGGUGGGUAAAAAGACAGUGCGAGUUUCUUUCAUUGGUCAAUUCUUAGGGCCAUUUGAGAGGCUUUUGCCUUUGGUGGAUGAGACUUUCCCUGAACUGGGUUUGAAGCAAAGUGAUUGCAUCUUAAUGCCUUGGGUGAAUUCCACUCUUUUCUGGGAGAGGAAUCCAAUUGGGACCCCCCUUGAAAGUUUGUUGGAUGUUCCCAAAGAGCUUUCUACAAGCUACUAUAAAAGUAAGUCUGACUAUGUGAAAAAACCAAUUCCAAAGGAAGCUAUGCAAUCCAUGUGGGCUUGGAUGAUUAAAGGUGUGAAUAUAAGGAUGGAAUGGAAUCCUUAUGGUGGAAAGAUGGAGAAAAUUUUACCAUAUGAAACCCCUUUUCCUCACAGGGCAGGGAACUUGUUCAAGAUUCAGUACUACACAUCUUGGACUGAAGCCGACGCCACAUAUCAUUAUAUGAACUUUUCAAGGUCAUUUUAUGAAUUCAUGAACCCAUAUGUUUCAAACUCUCCAAGGGAGGCAUUCCUCAAUUAUAGGGAUAUUGAUAUUGGAGCCAAUCAUCCAAGUAACGUAACAAGUUUCGACACGGCUCAAGUUUACGGAAGAAAAUUUUUCAAAGAUAAUUUUGAGAGAUUAGUGAGAGUGAAAACCAAGGUUGAUCCUGAGAAUUUCUUUAGAUAUGAACAAAGUAUACCACCUAAGUCCCCAUGA